AUGGACGAGGCCAGAGUACCCAAACGCCUUUUAGAUGGCCGACCGGAGGGCAGCAGAGGUAGAGGCAAGCCCAAGCUCAGAUGGUUAGACGGCGUAUACCAGGACAUCAGGACCCUAGGAGUGAAAAGUUGGAGAAGGAAGGCCACAAAUAGAUCGGACUGGAGAGACCUGCUUGACCAGGCUAAGGCCCACCCGCGGCUCAAAACUUCGAUCAGCCUCCUUGGAUACACUAUCAAAGACAAUGUUAUUGAGCCCGAUAAAGACCGACUUGAGCCUCUCAUAAAACUACCCUUACCGCGCAAUACUGCUGAAUUGAAAAGAGCUCUUGGAUUAUUUGCUCAUUAUGCUAAAUGGGUAUAUAACUUCUCUGAAAAGAUACAACCAUUAAUUAAGAACUCCAACUUUCCCUUAGAUGAAAGCGCACAGCGUAGUUUUCAACUUCUGAAAUCUGAUAUUAAAAGGGCAGCAUUAAUUGCCAUCGAUGACAAAGAAACAUUGACAGUAGAGACUGAUGCGUCUGAUUUCGCCAUUGCCGCCACAUUAUCUCAGAAGGGUCGACCAGUAGCGUUCUUCUCCAGGACUUUGUCGGACGGCGAGCGCAAGCAUGCUGCAGUCGAAAAAGAAGCCUGUGCUAUCGUCGAAAGUCUUCGAAAAUGGCGUCAUUACCUUAUUCAUAGACAUUUUCUUCUUAUCACUGACCAGAAAUCUGUUAGCUAUAUUUUCAACCAAAAUCACUCUAGCAAAAUUAAAAAUGACAAAAUUGAAAGAUGGAGACUUGAACUGUCUUGCUAUAAGUACGACAUUAUUUACAGACCAGGCGUCCAGAAUACUGCUGCUGACGCUCUAUCAAGAGUUUGCGCAUUCAUGAAUAACAAUAAAUUAUACGAAUUGCACGAUGCACUUUCUCACCCUGGUAUUACCAGAAUGUAUCACUGGAUCAAAUUAAAAAAUCUCCCUUACAACUUAGACGAUGUCAAAAAAAUGACUGCUUCGUGUCGCGUGUGUGCUGAAAUCAAACCACGCUUUGCCAAAACAAAUGGAACCUUGAUAAAAGCUUUAGCGCCCUUCGAACGAUUGAACGUUGACUUUAAAGGACCUCUGCCUUCAAAUACGAAGAAUAAAUAUAUUCUUACAAUAAUAGACGAGUUCUCCCGCUAUCCUUUUGCGUACCCUUGUCCUGACACAUCUUCUGCAACUGUCAUUAAAUGCUUCAAGGAACUCUUCUUCGAAUAUGGCCAGCCUUUAUACAUACACAGUGACAGAGGAUCCUGUUUUAUGUCGGAAGAAAUACAAAGUUUUCUUAAGAAAUGCAACAUUGCCACUUCUCGCACCACUCCAUACAACCCUCAGGGUAAUGGCCAAGUGGAAAAGCUUAACGGCACCCUCUGGCGAACUAUACAACUCUCCUUAAAAUCAAGAAACCUUCCCAUUGAAAACUGGGAACACGUUUUGAAACUUUCUCUCCAUUGCGUACGAUCGCUGCUUUCCACGUCGAUAAAUACCACUCCUCACGAGAAGCUGUUCAAAUUCCCUCGGAGGACACCUGUCGGUGAAUCGCUUCCAUCAUGGCUCGUUCCAGGACCUGUCCUAUUAAAGAAAUUUGUUCGCUCGAAGACAGACCCUUACGUCGAAGAAGUUGAGCUACUGCACAGUAAUCCGAACUACUCGUAUGUUCGACGACGUAAUGGCCAAGAGUCAACCGUGUCUAAUAGACACUUAGCGCCGCUUCCUUUGUCGGAUGAUGAAGAGCCUAUGCCCAUACUCGACGGAACGACCAUAGAUGAAGUAUCUGAAAUUCCCGUUAUAGAUGAGAUACAAGAAAGUCCCGCUGACACUAGUCACGAGGAAGAGGUCUACAGUACUCCCCCACAAGAAGCUUCGCCUUCACCUUCACGGGUCUUUCGUCGAUCUUCUAGGUUGAAGAAGAAGCCGCUCCAUCUCAACGACUACAUCCUAGAUGAUGAAAUUAUAGAGGGGGAGAAUGACGUAUAA